AUGGGCCUCGUAAAAGUCCUCCUCAAAGCAAUCCUCAUUCCCCUCGCCCUAUUCGCCCUCAUCGUUGGUAUCGCCAUCUACAUGUUCAUCCGCCAUCGCAACCGCAAAAAGGAAGACAAAGCGCUCGAGAGUUCCAAUUACGGAUUCCAACCACCCCCGAUCACACAAUGGGGAACUGGGCCGCAGCCGUCGUCGCCGUUCGUUCCGGUUCAGAAACCGGAGGCUGUGGUUUAUCCGAUGCAGUAUCCGGCGCCACAGUAUUCGGUUGAUGCGGGGAGGCAGACCAAUAAUAGCGCAGACAAAAAUAAGGUUGUGGGUCAGGCAAAAUGGCAGGACGCCUUGUGCGUCGCUGCCUGA